CAGGCAGCGCUACUUCACCACUUCCAGUCCGGACACUUUCCCCCCCUUACUUCCAGUCCAGACACUUUCACCCCCUUCCAGUCCGGACACUUUCACCCCCCCUCCAGUCCCAGACACUUUCCCCCCCUUCCAGUUCAGACACUUUCACCCCCUUCCAGUCCGGACACUUCACCCCCUUCCAGUCCGGACACUUUCCCCCUUUCCCUUCCGGUCCGGACAAACUUCACCCCCUUCCAGUCCGGGACACUUUCCCCCCCUUCCAAUCCAGACACUUCACCCCCUUCCAAUCCAGACACUUCACCCCCUUCCAGUCCGGACACUUCACCCCCUUCCAGUCCGGACACUUUCCCCCCCUUCCAGUCUGGGACACUUUCACCCCCUUCCAGUCCGGACACUUUCACCCCCCUCCAGUCCAGACACUCCCCCCCCCCUUCCAUCCAGACACUUCACCCCCUUCCAGUCCGGACACUUCACCCCCUUCCAGUCCGGACACUUUCCCCCCCUUCCAGUCUGGACACUUUCCCCCCUUCCAGUCCGGACACUUUCCCCCCUUCCAGCCCGGAAAACUUUCCCCUCUUCCCAAUCCGGACACUUCACCCCCUUCCAGUCCGGACACUUUCCCCCCCUUCCAGUCUGGACACUUUCACCCCCCCUUCCAGUCUGGACACU